AGGCGGGGCGCGCGGGAGGCGGGGCGCGCGCGCGUGCGCACUGGCGCCCGCCCUGAGCGGCGUUGCUGGUGCGACCGAAGGGGAGGGAAGAUGGCGGCCGGCGGCAAGGCCUCCUCCGCCUCCUCCUCCUCUUCCUCCUCCUCGUCUUCCUCGUCCUCCUCCUCCUCGGCCGCGGCCCCGUCGUCGUCCGGCACGGCGGCGGCGGCGGCCUUCUCGGCGCCCUCGCCGCCGCCGCCCUCCUCCUCGUCCUCCUCGUCGUCGUGGUCGGGGCUGGAGGCGUCUCUGGACAGGAAGCUGCAAGCGCUGAGCAACACCAUGGAGUCCAUCCAGGGCCUCUCGUCCUGGUGCCUGGAGAACAAGCGCCACCACGCCGCCAUCGCCCGCCGCUGGAUCCACUGGAUGCGCCGCUCUGCCUUCGCUCACCGACUGAACCUCUUCUACUUGGCUAACGACGUCAUACAGAACUGCAAGAGAAAAAACGCCAUCGUCUUUCGCGACACGUUUGCCGAAGUGCUACCUGAAGCCGCUGCUUUGGUGAAAGAUCCAUCCGUCUCCAAGUCUAUAGAGAGGAUAUUUAAAAUAUGGGAAGACAGAAAUGUGUAUCCAGAAGAAACCAUUGUCGUUCUAAAAGAAGCUUUAAGUUCCACUUUCAAAUCCCAGAAGCAGCAGAAAGAGACUCAGAGCAAACAGCCAACUAAGUCUUGGAAGAAAUCUCAAACCUCUACCAAUCCGAAGGCAGCAUUAAAAUCCAAGAUCGUGGCAGAAUUUCGGCCGCAGUCGCUGGUGGAUGAGCUCCUCUCCCACAAGCUCUCGGAAGACCAGAUCGAGCUGAAGGAGAAGCAGCUGUCCACCAUGAGGGUGGACGUCUGCAGCACCGAGACCCUGAAAUGCUUAAAAGACAAAACCGGAGGGAAGAAAUUCUCCAAGGAGUUCGAGGAGGCCAGUGCCAAGCUGGAGGAGUUUGUCAACAGCCUGGACAAGCAGGUGAAGGACGGCCCUUCGCUGACGGAAGUGCUGGAGAACGCCGGCAUCUUCUACGAAGCCCAGUACAAGGAGGUCAAGGUGGUGGCCAACGCUUACAAGACCUUCGCCAACCGAGUGAACAACCUCAAGAAGAAACUGGACCAGCUCAAGGCCACCCUUCCUGACCCAGAGGAGUCGCCCGUCCCCUCGCCUAGCAUGGACGCCCCCUCCCCCACGGGCUCUGAGUCCCCCUUCCCGGGGAUGGGGGAAGAAGACGCCGCCCUGUCGCCCAAGGCCCCAGCGGCCAAAUCUCCCUUGCCAGAGCUCGCCACAGACAAUCGGGAUGUGGAGGACAUGGAGCUCUCCGACGUGGAAGACGAGGCCCCCAAAAUUAUCGUGGAAGAGCGAAAAGAAAAGCCAGUGGUUUCUACCCCGGCCCCCGCCAAGAUGCCCGAGACCACCCCCAAGGCUUCGCCGCUGACUGUGGCCCCCCCAGCAGCCGCUGCACCCUCUGGAACACCCCCGGUGGCUGUACCCGUGAUGGUGCCCACUCCCAUCACUCCCCCGGCCCCCAAGCCGGCGAACCAAGCCCCUCUUCCUCCGUCGCCCGCUCUUGCUUUGCCAAACCUGGCCAAUGUGGAUCUGGCCAAGAUCAGCUCCAUCCUCAGCAGCCUGACUUCCGUCAUGAAGAACACAGGGGUCAGUCCUGCCUCCAGGCCUUCUCCCAGCACCCCAACGAGCCCCUCCUCUCUCAUGGGCGGCUUGAAGGCUCCAGUGACGGGACCUCUGGUGGCGUCGCCCAACCCCUUGGCCAGCAUCCUCUCCAAAGUGGAGAUCACCCCAGAGAGCAUCCUGUCCGCGCUCUCCAAGAGCCAGGCCCAGGCCACUCCAGGCUUGCAAGGUUUGUCCUCAUUUCUUCAGAGCGUUGCUGGGAAUUCGAGCCAGCCCAACGAGACGGGCCCCCAGAGCUCAUCUCCGGCCCCCACCAACACCCCGACGGCUUCUGGGAAGGGAAGGAACGUCUUGGCCCCCCCGCAGCCCUUCAUGCCGCAAAGCCUCAGCUAUUCUCCGAAUUCCUCCUCUUCAGCCGAGGUUUCCUCCACCUCGGUCAACAAGAUGCCCUCCGGUCACGGCCCCGGGCUCUCCGGGUCCGGUUUCAAGCCCCCCGUCAAUUCCCUGGGCUUUGCCAGCUCCCAGGUCCCCAGCCCAUCCCUCCGGCCGGUUGAGACCCCAACACCUCAGUCUUCGGAGAUCUCGGAGACCAAGAUGGAGCUGGAGCCCACUUCGCCCAGUCUGGAGAUGAAGAUCCAUAACUUCCUGAAGGGGAAUCCGGGCUUCAGCGGCCUGAAUCUGAACAUCCCCAUCCUGAGCAGCCUGGGCUCGUCCAACCUGCCUCCGGAGAGCCAUUCCUCCUCCUCUCCGGACUUCAACCGCGGGCCCACCAGCACUUCGAUGGACAGCAUUGAUGGCACUCCGGUGCGUGACGAACGGAGCGGGACACCCACGCAGGAUGAGAUGAUGGACAAGCCGUCCUCCAGCAACGUUGACACCAUGUCCCUGCUCUCGAAGAUCAUCAGCCCCGGCUCUUCCACCCCAAGCAGCACCAGGUCGCCCCUCCAGAGCCGGGACGACAGCUACCCGCAGGAGUUGCCCAAUUCCGCCUACAGACCUUUCGGUCUGAGCCGGGAUUCCCCUGCCGGGAUGUACAAGCCGCCCCCAGAUGGGAUCGAGCUGCCGUCCUCACUGAUGGACUCCCCCCAGGAGAAGUUCUACCCCGACACCUCCUUCCAGGAGGACGAAGAUUACCGCGACUUUGAUUACCCCGGUCCCCCGCCCUCCGCCCUGAUGAACCUGGAGAAGCAGCCGGCCAAAUCCAUCCUGAAAUCGGGUAAGCUCUCUGACCCCUCAGAAUAUCCAGCCGUUAUGUCGAGCUACCGGCCGAGGCCCUCGGGGUUCGGCCUGAAGGCGCCUUUUCCCCAGCCCGGCCGAUCUCUCCAUGACCAGAGCGACAGCUGUGAUCCUCUGCCCUCUACGGGAAUCUACGGAAGCUACGCCCUGCGGGGAAACGACUCUGGCUCGGACGCCUCCCCGACGCCCAGCAAGAACGACGCCUUCUUCCUGCCGGAUUCCAACCACAGCGGUUUGCCUAAAUCCACGCAGCAGCACUCAGGGCUGCUGCAGAAGCAGUACCCCGACUCCCCCCACGUGGCUCCCCAGAGGUCCCUUUUCUCACCUCAAAACACCCUCCUGAGCCCCACCAGCCGACUCCCGACCUCCAACGCGGAGAAAUCUGUCCUCUCCUCCAUCUCGGCCACCUCGACCAUGGAGUUCAAGAAUAUGCUGAAAAACGCCUCCCGGAAGCCCUCUGAGGAGGGCAAGCACUUCGGCCAGGGGCCCAAAGGCGGCGCCAGCGACCUGCCCGGCCUUUCUCCGGGAGGGGAGCCGCUGAAGCAGGCGGAGGAGCACUUCCGGAUCGAAACCAGGGUCUCCUCCUCCUGCUUAGACCUGCCCGACAGCACAGAGGAGAAGGGAGCGCCCAUCGAGACGCUGGGCUACCACAACAUGACCGGCCGGGGGAUGUCCGGGGAGCCCAUCCAGACGGUGGAGUCCAUCCGAGUGCUGGGGAAGGGCAGCCGAGGGCAUGGGCGAGAGGCCCCCCGAACAGGCUGGUUUGAGAUGAGCAGUGCGGGCAGCACGUUUGAUCACGGCCCUUCGGGCACGACAGAGAUGCCCCCCCUGGGGUCUGGAGGCGGCGGUGGGGCCGUGUCGAGUUUCCAGAGCCAGUACAAGGACCGGCUGGGCUCGUUUCAGGAGAGCGUCAGCAACUUCCGAGCUGGGGGCUUCGCUGCCCCCUUUGACCGCCACGUCCCACCGCCUCCCCUGGAGCGUGGGGCUUCCUUCCCCAGAGACCAGCUGGGGCCGCCCCCCUCGGGCCCUCAGGCCCUUCCGCCCAAGGAUCUCAGCACCCUCUUCUCUAGAGAUCACUCGGUGCCCCCCCCACGGAUGCCAGCGGUGGAUCGCACCAGCCCCUUCUCCAAGGAGGCCUCUUCCCCGCUGACGUUGCCUCACGGGGUACCUCCUCCCCCGCCCCCACCUCUCGAACGUAGUGGGGUGCCGUUCCCCCCCCAGCCGCCGCCGCCUCUCCCGGUGGAACACGGCGGGGUCCCUUCGUUCUCCAGCCCUCCUCCCCCUCCCGGAGAUCUCGGCCUCCCUUUCCCGGCUCCCCCCAUGGCUUCCGAGCAUGGGGGCCUCCACCAAGGGACGCUGAAGGAGCAUUUUAGCCUGCCGCCAGGAGCCCCCCGGGAUCCAGGGACCCAACCUCAGUGCGACCACAGCGGUCAGCCCCUCGGCCGGGCUCGAGAGGGCCUGGGCAUAGCGGCCCUUGCCCGAGAGGGCCUGGGCUCCGGGCUGUCCGUGGGCGCCUCGGUUUCCGCUCAGCGGAACGGCACAAACCGAGGUGGGCUGGGGCUCAGGAAUCAGCGGCCGGAUUUUAGACCCCGGGAGUUCUUCUUAAACCGGGACCCCUUCAACAGCCUGAAAAGGCCCCGGCCCCCCUUUGCCCGGGCCCCUCCCUUCUUUGUACCAAAACGCCCCUUCUUCCCUCCCAGGUACUGAGCUGAGGAGGGGUGUCUGAACUCUAGAAAGCAGUGCAAGAGGCAGGCCCCUUCCCUUCUCACUCCGCCCCCGCCCAGACCGAAAGGGCCCCGCGCGGCUGGAGGGAGCUCCUCUGCUGCGACAUAUAUAUAUAGAUAUAUAUAUAUAUAUACAUACAUAGAUAUAUAUUUUGUUCUGUUUGUUUCUUGACUUUCUUUUCCUCCGAGAUUGGCCUCCGUAGAGGGGAAGGGAAGCUUACAUUUUGGUUUUUUCUUCCUGCAGAAGUAAUUUUAAAAGUUAAAUCUUAAAAAGUGGUUGUUGACAAUAAAAGCUUUCCGAAGUGACUAAAUUAAAUUAAAAUGGGAUUUCUUUUUAAGAUCAGAACUCCGGAAGGAAAAGUGGGAUUGAAGCAAGGGCCCCGCUCUGUAACCGUUCAAGUAAACAGUCCGCAAGAAGGUGAAACGCCCUCCCCUGCAUCCCAUCACACCCCUGUUCUCAUCCUGCCUCCGUUUCCCUCUUCUGCCCCCUCGUCUUCACUGGUCCAUCACAGUCUCUCUCUCUCUCCCGGCUAAUCUUUCUUUUCUUUUUGCAGUCUUGUAGGUUUUUGACAGUCCUCAGGCCCGUCUCCAAUCGCUGAGGACCAGAAUUCUCUGAUGGACUCAAUUGCUUUUGCCUGGUCUGGAGACAGGAAACCGGAAGAUGGGCAGUAGCCAGGCCCCCCUCUGCCUUUUCUUGGGGUGAGGGGGCUUGUCGCUCAUGGGAGCAGAACGGGAGAGAGGGCAGGGCAGGGCAGGGCAGGUCCUGUGGGGCAAAGCCACCUUCUCCCCCUUGGCCAAACCAAGUUUUGCUUGGUUGGAGGCCUCUGUUCCUCCCCCCCCCCAAAAAAAAACACCCUUAGGAGUGGGCUGGCUUCAGUCAAGAGGUCGAAGCUGCUGAUUGGGAAUGAAACUUGCUCCCCAAGGAAUCCCUCUCCCUCCUUACACCCCCCUGGGACCAAGAAGCAUCUCCUCUGAAACUAUUGGGUGGAGGUAGCAAGUCUUCCUCUUCUUCUUCGGAAGGAAGGAAGGGUGCGUGGGUGCACACCUGUGUGUAUGUGUGUGUGUGUGUGGAAGGCCACCCCCCACAACCGUUCCCCUCAAAGGCAGGCGGAUAAGGGGGCCCACCGAAGGAAGCAUUCUGGGUUUGGUUUUCCUCCUCUCCCUUGGAUUUUCUCCUUCCUUCCUUUCUUCCUUUCUUUAUGGAAAAAAAAUCCCCAAACCUCUAACUCUCUUAAUACUGUAGUUUUCCCCACUCCCCUUCAAUCAACAGGAACCCGGUAUUUUAAAAAAAAUAUAGUUCAGUUGUGCCAUUGCACAUGUAUUUCAGCGCUGAUGUUUACAAUAAGAUGUACAGUUUUGAUACACUGAGUGGAUUUCAGAAUUCCUGAAUUUAUUUAGACACAAAUCUCCCUCACCCCCACCCCUUUCUUUUUCCUGUUGUAAGCCUGGCCAAUUCUUAUAUUGACUUUUUUUUUAAGCAAUUUUCUCUUUGUUUCUCCUUGUAUGAAGUCAGCUUCCCGUAGCUAGUAUUUUGCAGUUGGUUUUUUUUUUCUAAGUCGAGCAUCUCUGGAGGAAUUGAACCCAUUAAGAGUCCGGUUUCCCAGAGCGGUAGAGGACUGUUAUUUAUAUGUAAAUGUUUUGAGGUUCAUAGUAGGAAACAGCUUGAUUUUUCAGUUCUGUCCUAAGCUAAUUCUACCUGUCUGCCGAACGAGUGCUUGAUAUCCACCCUUUCCCCACAUACACGGUCUGGAGGUCCUGGGAGUGGGGGCGCUCGGAUAACUGGCUUUAGUUUAUGUCCGUCCGUCCCCUAGUUUGGGCCUGAUGCUUUCCUGGAAAAAAACCCCGUUUUUCUCACGCAGCUCAAAAAAUUCAGCAACGUGGCUGAUCUGUACAGCUCUGCUUUACUGCAUGACUGCGGCACUCCCGAUACAGGCUUCAGCUUUGGUUGGGGGGGCUUUUGGGGAGCUGGGAGAGAAGCCCAAUUAUGCUCUAUGUAACUCAUUGAGGCGAAGAGUUUCCCUGCCCUAAAUAGGUUCAUGGUUGGCAUCUCAGCUUCUGGACGCAAAUGGCUGGGUGCCAGAUGAGCGAAAGCACUUCCUGUCCUCGUGGUGCCCCUUUCUCCUGGCAGUUUUGUGGAUCUUUGGGGCACGGUGGGCUCUUGUGACUUGGACUGAGUUAGUCCAAAGGGCUCCUGGUUCUGAAAAUCGCCACCCAAAAAUAGAGAACCUUUUGGGCAGUUGGCAGGAAUAGAAUGGAAAAAGUUGAUAGCUGGUGAAAAAGACAAAAUACUUUAAUGGUAAAACUGUGUCGUCUUCUCCCCUGCCCCCUCCCUCGGUCACUUUCUUUUGUCCCUUGGUUUCGUGCUUUCACUUUAAAUCGUUCACAGUUAAUGGACGGGCAGCAAACGUACAGACCCCGUGCAGAGUAGCAAGACAAACCAAGUUUCUUUGGAAGGAGGGGGCACUUCCUGGUCUGGCUUGUUUUGCCUUUGCUUUGCUUUUCCUUUUGUAUUUCACUUGAGGGGGGCCGGGGAGGGGAGCUGGAGGACAACGAAAAUAAAAAUCUGCAGCAUUUCCCUGUUUUCACAGAGAACUGCCAGCUCUGGGAAGGAGCUGAGAGGCAGGGGGUUGGGCGAAUAAGAGACGGAGCAUUCAAGGGAGGUUUUAUGAAGGUGGGGGGAGCCCCCUCCCACCAAAAUUGGCCUUUUUGGAGAUCACAUUUGGGGAGGGGGCUUGGAUAUCAGCAGAACAGAAAGAGAUGCCUGCAGGGCAAUCUUUAAAGCGGGGUGGGGGUGGGGGUGAGUUCAGAGAACCGGCAAACCCAGACUUUGCUGCCCUUUGGAAAACACUGUAAAUAACCAUUGCUGUGCUUUUUAUUUUUGUGCCUGUUUAAAGCGCUGGGUAUUGUGUUGGCUUGACUUACUUUCCAGUGUUUUCUUGUGUGUGUGUGUUGGGGGUGGGGUAGAAACAGGGAGGGAGACUCCAGAAACUUUGUGGGAAACAGCAGUCUCUGCAUUGUACAUGAAUACAUUUAAUAAAAUGACUAGUUUGAAGGUUUUGAUAUUCUUCUUGUAAAUAAGCCCUCCCACAGGUCUUCAGUAGGUACGCAAGGCUGCUACCCCUGUGGCCGGAGAGCAGAGCCUGCCUUCCCUCCCUUCGCUUUGCAGAGUAGAAUUCAAGCCGGAGGUUCCCUCGCCCACCUGCCUGCCGGCCAGCCCAAGAAGAUCUGCAAAGGCACAAAGUGGCUGUGACGCAAAGGGGGGGAGGGGGGAGCAGAGAGCCGGCACAGAAGGAAGACACACGGGCAGCCCACCGCCGCAAGAUCCACAGAUCCACGUUUCCCGGGGAGUUUAGACUGUUCUGAUUUGUGCAUAUUGUCUAUAGUUUGGAAAGGGGCUUAGAAAGGGUGCCAUUUACAGAGUGAAGCGAGGCACCUUGGAGGAGACUCGAUCGCCUUCCUUCCCUUAUUUUUGUACUGUAUACUAAUAAAGUGUUCUUGACCUGG